ACACAAACAGAUAUCGUGCGAGUCAUCUUUUCCUCUUUACUUCGUCAUGCCAGGUUAUCAACUUUUUUAUAAGGAAUACCUGUUGAACUUUAUAAUAUUUGGGAUGGUGAUGCAUAAAAAUCGAAAAAUAUGAGCCACACGUGCUAAGUCUUUAAAAUAAUAACACUGAUUAUUUAAUACUGAUUGUUUUAUAAUCCAUUUUGGGCUUUAACAUUGAUUGCGAGGCAGUUUCCUUGCAAAAUUUAAGUCUUAAAGUGUAUUUUUCACCCCGAUUUCUACGUUUCAACUACGAAAAAUGUCUCUGUGCCGUCAGAAUUAUCAUGAAGCGUGUGAAGCUGGCAUUAACAAGCAGAUCAACCUUGAGUUGUAUGCAAGCUACGUGUACUUGUCGAUGGUAGGUUCGCUUUCUUCCCGCCGUCAUUUUUCGAUACGGGUGGUCUAAAGUUUAUGUGUUUUUUCGCUCUAGGCCUAUCACUUCGAUCGUGAUGAUGUGGCCCUGCCAGGAUUUCACAAAUUCAUGCUGAAACAGUCGGACGAGGAACGUGAACACGCUCGCCAGGUAACUUAAUCGCGAUGUUAAAUCAUUUUCAAAAUGUCAUCUAAGUCGUGUGGCCCCGUAGUUUAACUAAUCCGCACUAUGGCUCAAUUUGUAGCUGAUGAAAUACCAGAACGAACGAGGAGGCCGCAUUGUGUUGCAAGAUAUCAAGGUAAGGGUGAAAUUUGACACAAUCGGCAAUUUUGGAACGUGCCAGAGCUUUUCAACUGGGUGUAACAUGCAUUACAUUGAGAGGAGGUCGCCUUUCUCACGCCGUUACUGUGCAAAUUCAUAUGUAAACAAUUUUUGUAGAUCGUUCGUUUUUUUGGUUUUUCAGUAUCUAUCGGUAACUGUUAUGAUGUUUGUUCUCUGGGGAGCUUGAAGGGUCAGCGAACACCCUCUGAAUGCGAGAUGAAACGUACACGCACUCGCCUCAGACUGAGUGGGCUGUGACAGUACAAAUAAGAGCUUUAUCUAAGCCCCAUCAUUUUAAUUUUUGCGAUGAAAUUGUGUGACUGUUUCAUGUGUAAAAAUUCUGGGUGAUUCUCUUUUGCAUCCUCUUUGUUAUUAGUUGUAAGUUCGAGUUCCUUGCCGGGAGAAGAAAGUCAGGAAGAGCUUGGUAGUAAAUCUUGGCAAAACAACCCAAUAAGUAGCGUUUGGGGGGCAGGGGGGCAGGGGGGCAGGGGGGCAGGGGGUAGUACAGUGCUGUACAGGACAGACACUAUUGUCUGUCCCCGCAGAGAAUUUUAACGACAGGAUUAUGACUGUAGUUAGUGUCUUCUGAUUAUCAGUGGUGAAUGUGUUUCAUGUGUCGUAUAACCUUUUGUAGAAGCCAGAAAAGGAUAAAUGGGGAAGUGGACUGGAAGCGUGCCAGGCUGCUUUGGAUUUGGAGAAGCAUGUGAACCAAGCCUUGCUUGAUCUGCAUAAGAUUGCCGACUCUAAUGGUGAUCCCCAGGUGAGUUUUAUGCUACUCAAAGCUCUUCAAGUGAGGUUGUAUGUCUCGUGGUAAAAUGUUGUGAGGAAUUAAAUUGUUUGAUGGCCAUUGUGACAAAUUGUAUGCGGACAUUUAUUUGGAGUCUUAUACAAUAAACAGUAUAUCAACUAUUUCCAAAUAACUAAAAUUACUAACAACAAAAAUUUCUAACCAUAUAUGGCUAAUAAGGUUAUUAAUUAAUUAAGGCCUAAAGUAUUUACUUUUUGCCGUCUUCCCCUUUCCUUUUUUAAAAGCAUUCGAGUACAUGUAUUGCUAUUAGUUUUUGUGUUUUAGCAUUUCCGCUAGGGGGUUUUAUUAGAAACAUAAAUAUCUUGUUAGGUGACAUUCUGCUUAUUUUUAUUCUACAUUCUUUUUCCAAAUAAUCUAGUAACGAUCAUUUUUUUUCCUGUUAAGCAGGGCAUAUAUUUAGAAAAUGGUAUUCGUCCUCCAUUUCUAUUUUACAGAUUGGGCAAAUUCUUUCUUCAGGUUUCUCAAACGGUUUCGAUUAGCAUCCUGUCUCUACGGCUAAUUUUUGGUUGCUUAGUCGCACAUCUACACCAUGAUUGGGGGGGGGGGGGGGUGGCAAGGGUUUCAAAUAGGCCAUUUCCGAGUUCCCGCAGGCCUCUGUUUCAAAACGAAGGUAGGUGCUCAGCCUUUGAUUUGGAAGUCAUUUUUCAUUGUCAUGCAAAUAAAAUGUUAUUUCUGACUAAUGAGCCCGCGAAGAAGGCAGAAAUAAAUAUUUUGACCGCACGAGAUACAACAGGGCGUGGGUACUAAGCCGGGUGCACCAUGGGUAGCCAUAUCGGGGGUAUAUAAGGCUGCGUGUAUCACGUGUACGUCAUCUAGGCUUACGAACCAACCUCUCUUUGGUUUUUCUUACAUUUUUGUUUUAUUUAAUUUUUAGGAGCAAGCUAUUCUCGAUUACAUUGUAAAGUCCCGUAUGAAGGGCUUUGAGCUUGAGCCUUGGUUCCUAUCCAGAUUUUCUGCCCGCAUUUUUUCCCUUCGGGAUUUUUUUGGGCAGGAUUUUCUGGCCUCCGUCUGACCGCAUUUAUUUCAGUUUGUAAGCGCUAGCUCAGCUGUGCUAGUUUUCAACUUUUUUCCGGUUUCUUAUUUCAUGUCCUUGUAUAGUUAUCACAGUUUUACACCUGCUCUUUUACUUGAUAUAUUUAGUUUGUAUGUAUGCUUAGGUCAGCUGUCCCGGAACCGCUCUUUAGGAGGCGACAUAAGUCUUGUUUGACGCAGUUAGAUUGCAGGCAAUGUUACAGACCUCUAGCCAGGGUUGUUAUCCAUUUGCUUACCCUCAAUGUCCCGCCCUAGCCUUUUCUGGCAGCCUUACUGGUUAUUGGGCUACGUGCCUUGUUGGGUGCAUUAGUCAACAUAAUUCCCAGUUUCCCUGGCACUCAGCCUCUGUGUUCCUGAACUGUUCCCAGUCCCAGUUAUCCGUUGACCAGAGUUUUAUUUAGUACCCCCAGCCUAACUGACACUAAGCCUGCCCGCUUAUUUCGGGGAUUCAGGUCGAGAUCGACCAGUUAGUGUAGCAGUUCCUUCUUUUUGCUUAGCCUCUGUGCUCCUACCGUGUUCCCUGUGCCAGUUAUACGUUGUCAGAGUUUUAAUAAGUUUCCCCAGCCUAACUGGCGGCCUAACUUACACUAAGCCUGCGUGCUUAAUUGGGGGAUUCAGGUCAAGAGCGACCAUUUGUAGCACGAGUUUUUUCUUUUUGUGAAAUGCAGUUUUCGAGUGUUGUACAUUACCUAUUCAAUAGUAAUCACCUAUUAUUGUAUUUACAUAAGUACUUUUUAGGGUUGUUUCUCGCCAAGCGGUCCCAAAAUAUACUUAUCUGCCUUUACGUUUUGUCUGUUGAUGUUGUGUAGUGGAGUCAAAAUACUCAUUUUCACAAGAACGGUUGUGCACAUAGCUUCAUUUUGAAAGUGAGGGUUUUUGGAACUCGGAAGUGCCUAUUGCAUUUGGCUGUAAUAAAGCUUAAUUUGCAUUUUUGCCAUUCUUAUUUGUAAGGGCUGCAUUCAAACUUUCAGCAUCUAUUUGUCUCAUUCUUAUUUCUAGCCUGCGUACCAAGUGUUGCCGCGCGAGUUCGUCGAGAAAGUUGGGACGAGAGCAAAAAAAGGAAUGACAGGGUAGGGGGGAGGGAAAAGAAGGAAACGCUUCUCCCCUCACCCUUUACAUCUUUUCUUUUUUUUCUCCCGCUCUAACUUUCGCACAAUAACUCGAUUGGAAAUGCUUGCUAAAUUUAAGCAAUCUAUUUGUGAGUUUCCCACGGUUUAUUGCUUGAUUAUCUCUUGGCGAUAUCGAGCUAAAAAAUAAGCUCUCCUUUCUCUGCUUUCGCGUGACUUCGCACAAUAUUCAGUUAACUCACCAUUAUCAUACUGCCCAUGAUGCACCUUGUUUAUCCCUCAAAAUUUUGCAUAAGCAUUGUUUUACUUUCUCUUGGAACGACUGUAAUCCUCAGGAGAAAUUGGAAGCAACGGUUAUGGUAAACAAGGUAUAUUAUCGGCAUUGACCACUCCAGAAAAUACCAUAACAUACCACAAAGCUCCUUGUUUGUCACCCCAAAAUUUUGCAAUAAGCAUUGUUUUCAGUUUCUCUUUGGGCCAUUUUAACUCCCAAGAGAAACUGAAGACAAUGCUUAUGCAAAAUUUUGGGGUGACAAACAAAGAGCAUUAUGGUAUGUUAUGGUAUUUCCUGGAGUGAUCAAUUGUGAAAAGGCCCUGUCCACACCAACACGUUUUCAAAAGUAUGCAUUUUCCUUGUCAUCAAAAACUCAUCAAUCAAUUUGCGUUCACACUACGGGUAUUAAAUAGCUCAAUCCUAGUUCACCAGUCAAUAAGGUGGCAUAACUGUUUUUUCUUCACAGUUGCAAGACUUUUUGGAAUCAGAAUACCUUCAAGAGCAGGUUGAAAGUAUCAAAGAGCUAUCAAACUUCGUUAACACCCUCAAACGGCUUAGCAAGGAUAACUACGCUCUUGGUGAAUACCAGUUUGAUAAAGUAACUCUUAAAGGCGACAGCAAGGAAUAGACUCAACGACUACUUGAAUUAGAAUUUUGUACUGGAGUGGGUCUUGAAUGUUUUUGGGACAUUGAGAAUUUUCUAGCUUAGAAUAGCGGCAGAAUUUUAACAAUUUUUCUGACAAAGCGGUAAAAUCUUGAACGUUCUGAAAUUAGUAAAAUCCCCGAUCGUCUAAGAUUUUCCUGAGAUAUUAAAACUGGGCUUAAGUUUUCGUCUUUUUUACAAUUUUUAUCUUUUUGUUAUUGUUUAUUGUUUAACUACUUAUGAAAUACUUUAUACUCUAGUUUUGAAUUUAGCCCAUGAUACUUCAUUCCUUUUGUGACAAAUUCAGUUUUCAAAGGAAAAUUAGUAUUAUUGUUAUUGUUAUCUUCCACAAGACAAUAUUUAUUGAUUAGCAAGGGUGAAUUGAUUAGUUUGUGAUUGUUUUUAUAUAUCCGGCAUAGUCAAAUCAGAUCAAAUGUAACUUUCCUGUUCACUUUAUGAUCAAUAAAUGUCUCCGAAGCAAUCUGAGGCAUGAUAGACAUAAUGGACUUUUUUAUUUGUUCCUUGACUUGUGUGGAUCGCAUGGAGCAUGAAAGACAAGAACCAACUCUUUUCCAGGCCGUCAAUUCAAAUAUAAAGCCCUGUGCAAACGAUGGCAACGUUAUUGAAUGUUACAUGUUGCGUCCAGUUUGCACACCCUGUUACAUGUUGUUGCGAGUUGGUGGGAGUUGUCGCAUCCCAGUCCGUUUGAACAGCACUGCCAAAACGGACGCAACAAUGCCGAUUAUUCAGGGUUCGUACUCGUUUGAGCUCUUCAAAUUCCGUGACUUUUUCCAUGACCUUUUUAAGUUUUCCAAGACCUUGGGUUUAGUUGUCACUUUCAAAAAUGUUCACAAUUUUCGUUGUUUGGGGGUAUUUUUUGACCUUAAACAGUUCAACAGACACAAACUCAGGUGUCCACCAAAAUGCGUGCCGUUUGCGCUCUUUCAUUGCUCCUCUCUAUCUUAAUGCACCUAUCAAUGUAAAGCCGGCGAAGGGGGCGGGGGAGCAGGGCAUGGGGUGGGGAUUUGAUUGUCUUUGUUGGCCCUGGGGUAGGGCAUUUGACUGAUCUUGUUCUCCCAGGGGAGGAUAUAUUUGAAUCUUUCUUCACCCGACGUGAAGAUAUUUGACUGCCGACUCAGACGAAAAAGACUGAGUCCGAACAUGUGUUUCUCGAUUCCACGCUUCAAGCAUGCGCCAUACGGUUUGAAAAGAUCAGGAAGUCAUGGAGGCAAAUGAGCGAAACAAGCGAAGGCUGAGUGGAUUUCACUGUUUUGUCUUCAAAUUUCGUUUGUUUUAGCGUGUUUUUUAUCAAUUGAACCUCUUAAAAUACUGUGGUAUCAAAGUAAACGGAAGUAAAGAGAAACCAAGUCGAUUUUUGCAAGUACAAUUGACUAGUGUAUGGCUCAUUCGCUACAAUCACUGUAAACUUAUAAAACUGACUUUCAUUGUACCCUUUACUAAGAACGGUAUAUUUAAACUUACAAAAUGUGGACUUUCUCUAAAGGUUUAUGUAUUCUACGCAGUGUAACACGGAUUAUGGUUAAAACAUAUAAUUAGCUUAUAAUUGCAGCUGUAACCGGAACAUGUAUGUUUGGUGAUGCAGCAACGUUUAAAAAAGAUUGCAGAGUUUUAUUUGGAAAUAUUUUUAUUGUGCAGCCUGGGGUAGGGAAAUUUGGUUGCAUUUGACUGGAAUGAUUUGCCCGUGGGCAGGGAAUUUGAUUGCAAAUUUUUGCAAAGAGUCAAAUCCCCACCCCUUGCCCUGCCUACUCCCCCGCCGGCAUUUCAUUGAUAGGUGCAUAAAUUGUCCUUGCUCUGUCAUCUGCAAUAUCUAAACUACCAAACGAAACUUUAAUUUUCCAUGACUUUCAAGGCACGAGCGUUUCAGGAGGGCAACUUAAAUACGGCGAUCAGUUUUUAUUCAAGACAGCGUGAUAUAUAAAUAAAUAUGCGCACUCAAAAAUGGCAGCCGCGCCUUUAAGAACCGACAAUGAAAUUCCCUGACUUUCCAGGUUUUCCAUGACCUGUACAAACGCUGUAUUAUUAUAGGCCCAACAUUGUUGCAAGCAGCUUAAGGUCCACACACUUCGAGCGCAGUCGCCGGCUGUUCCUUUCGCCUCCCCCUAGAUCUCGUGUUUUCACGAUCCAACUGUGCUCUCGAAACGGUUACUCUGUAGUGUAAAAUUUUUGCGGGAUAAAAUUUGCCCCAGUACUUGAGUCUUAAAUCCAACCUCACCCGAAUUGUUUUUCAUUAAUAAACUUCCGAAAACGUUUCAUGAUACACCUACUAGGAACCGUACAAGAUAUUUUAAACUAAAUUAAGGCACUGUUUACGUUUAGGUGGGGACCUUUGGUAGGUGAGGUAUUACUCGCUUUGUUGGGGUAACCCACCUGUCCAUAUAAUAUCUCGUUUUCAUUUUUUACGUUUGCAUGAUACGUGGGGUAGCUAUAUGAGAGAUCAUAUGGACAGGCGGGUGAGCUCACCUAAGCAGGGGCCCGUUUGUCGAAAGUCCUGGUAACUUUACGGGUCCGAAAUCAAAUAUUCAAGUCGAAAUAUAAAGAGAAUAAGAAUAAGAGCGCGGGUCCUGGCUAGCAAACUACUCCAUUUUGUUUCAUUAACUGAUAGUUUUAUCAUGUUAGAUGCAAAACUAUUGAAACCUUGAUCUUUAAUGUAAAGGGAGAUAGCUUACCGGGCCCGUUAAUUAUCGGGACUUUCGAGAAACGGGCUCCAGGUUACCUCACCUACCUGGGGUCCCCCAGCUCCAUACAAGAGGCCCGGCGAGGGGAUAUUUUUUCGACCGAUGGGGACAGUACAAACAGUAUGGUGCCUGUUGCCCGCUGAAACUUUACGUUGGACGUAACACUGGUAACAGGUCAGCCUUGUAGUCUCGGUUCACUCAUCUCCAUGGGUCAGGCCGCAUACAGGUCCUAAACUUCGCGGCCUUCUAAACUACAGAGCCCAGUUGUUCGAAGGCCGAUUAGCUCUUAACACGGGGUUAAAUUUAACCCGGGUUUCUUUUUCUGGUGUUCAAAACCAUUUUCUCCGGUGAUUUUCUCAGUUAUUUUUAGAGCCUUCAAUCAUCAACUUGUAGACAAAAGGAAUUAAAAUUGAAAUGCUUUUUAAGCUUUCAUAUCUGAAUUCAAAUCUUGCACUAACCCUGGGUUAUAUUAACCCAGCUAUGAACAACUCGGCCCUGGGUGUUUCAAAAGUUCGUUCCGAUUUUUUCUUCACUUAAAUUUCACUGAUUAUUAAAGAUAACUUUUGUAAACCUAAGCAUGUUAUUCAUUAUUCAUUUAACAUUGAAUAACUGAAAUAUUAGCAACCAGAAUGUCUUCCUUUAUGAUUUCUGACAUUUUCUAAACGGUGAGGUAUAGAAUUUGCGAGCUCCCAUAGCGUGUCUAAAUUCACAAUUUCCCAGGUGAAGCGUGGUCGCUGUCUUAGCUAGUCCAGUGUUUUGGGGGCUGGAUCUUUGUAUGUUGUCUCAUCAACGAUAAUCCAGAUGGUUACUAGAGGAUUCGCAUCACGUGAGUUUACCAGCCGGUCGUCCUUUGGUAUAAAGUUUGCAAAUUCUUCUGAUGCCAUGCCUGCAUGAAAUGUGCACCGCCUUUUUUCUUUUCAGGCUGUUCAACCUUUGUUGGUCACAUAUCUCCAUACCGUUGUGCUCGAAACUUUGAUAUUGCGAAGUUGAAGUUUUCUUUUUACCUUGCAGUCUUGUUGAAUCAGUAUUACGGAUAUACUUACAGCUUUUUCGAUAACAUUUUUCACACAGUUUGUGAAAAAAAACCCCCGGCCAUCUACAACUUUGUUUGUCUUGUAAGGUCUUUACUCUUGACCACUUGUUCUCUCAUCGUUCAGACUUCUUCAACAAUUUGACAAUUUCUUUGGCUAAAUGGACGGAGUACCGUAAAAAUAGACGCUUGAGCUCUAGCAGGAACAGUGUACGCCUUCAUUUUCGUAAAAGAGUGGAAAAAACAAAAGAAAACGCCAAAAAAAACGGAAAGAGAAAACCUACAAAAUGGGCAGGGAAAAUAUGGCAGGAAAAAAUUCGCGUACGUGUACAUUUGGGGAAAAACUUACAUGUAAAAAAUAUCAUAAUUUCUUCAAAUUUUAGUUUGAAAUUGCUUUGAACGGUUAUUUAAAUAAAUUUCCUACCUGAAUCAGCUUACAUUUGGCUAAGAAAGCAUCAAAUUCCUUGCACAAAAUACAAUUUACAAUCGAAACGAACUUUUGAAACACCCCGUAGAUGCAAAAUAUUAGCUUGCGAAGUUUGGAAAUACGCUAAAAGCAAAAUUUCGAGUUUUUGGGUUUAAAAGUGACACAGCAUUGACUUUUACUUUUCGCUCGCUCUCCUCCACUCUUUUUUCGCUUUUCUUGCCCCAUUUUUUCUCUUGCUGGGCAUUUACUAGGCUUCAUUUUGGUGGGAAAAGUUUGGAGGAAAACUUUUAGUACCUUAGGAUUAAAGGAAAGGAAAGGUAGGUGGGUAAUGGAACAAGAUUUUUAUGGAAAUUUUCGAGUGACUGUUACAUAGUUUUUUGCCUUUUUCUGCGGUGUCCUUGACUGAAUUGUGCUCAUUCUGGUAUGCCUUGAAAGAUCUCUUCACUCUACACAAGCUAACGGACAACGUUAUCCUUGAUUAUUAAUAACUGAUGACGUCACAAGUGGUAGAAAGGACGGACGCGAAUCUGCACUGGCGGUUACGGGCGGCUGAGGGGCGAACGUGGUAAUCAAAAAACCUGAAAGUCGCCUUUUGCCGAUUUUUUCACCUGAUUUUACAUUAAAUAGUCAGACUCGGUCGUUUUAUGCUGAAAAGAGGAUUUUUCUCAAAAAGCUUAGUACUUUGCUUAAAAUUAGACAGAUUGUGUAGGUCCCCUGCUGUGCCGGAUAUUUUGGGAGGUCAUGAGCGCGAACUUCCCUUUAAAUAAGUAGAUAGAUGUUGUCAGAUCAAAUAAUCACAUAAUCACGAGGAAACCACCAGCAUCAUAUCAUAAGCAGUAUAUUCGUAUUGUUUUCUUUCUUUUUUGGGGGAGGGGGCGGGGGUGUGGGGGUGCGGGGAGAACUAAAUGGUUUUAAAACACCAUUCCUUUUUGGCCUCAAUACAGUACACAAACAGAUAUCGUGCGAGUCAUCUUUUCCUCUUUACUUCGUCAUACCAGGCUAUCAACUUUUUUAUAAGGAAUUUACCUGUUGAACUUUAUAAUAUUUGAGCUGGUGAUGCAUAAAAUCGAAAAAUAUGAGGCACACGUGCGAACUCUUUUUGAAGAGUUGGCACGUGUUAACACUGAUUCAGCGAUUUUUAAUCCUUCUUAAACAAAAACCCAGUGUGAUUUAAUAGUUGUUUUAUAAUCCAUUUUGGAUUGUUUCGCCUUAACAGUGAUUGAACGAGGCAGUUUCCUUGCAAAAUUUAAGUUUUAACGCGUAUUUUUCACCCCGUUUUCUACUUUUCAACUACGAAAAAUGUCUCUGUGCCGUCAGAAUUAUCAUGAAGAGUGCGAAGCUGGCAUUAACAAGCAGAUCAACCUUGAGUUGUAUGCAAGCUACGUGUACUUGUCGAUGGUAGGUUGGCUUUCUUCCCGCUGUCAUUUUUCGAUUCAAGUGAUCUAAAGUUUAUGUGUUUUUUUCGCUCUAGGCCUAUCACUUCGAUCGUGAUGAUGUGGCCCUGCCAGGAUUUCACAAAUUUAUGCUGAAACAGUCGGACGAGGAACGUGAACACUCUUGCAAGGUAACUUAAUCGCGGUGUUAAAGGAACUGGGUCACGAAAUUCAGCCAAAUUAGGAAAUUACAAAAUGCCCGUUAAAUUAAGAGAAACGUAAAAAUAACCGCUUAAAACUUUAAAGGAAGGUUUAAAUAACAUAACAGAAACAACAGAUGCCACAGAUGGGCAGAAAAACCGAAGAAGAUUGAAACGGAUUGAAAAUAGGGUUUUUGAAAACUGCUCACCCUAACAGUUUUUCAAAGUUGAUCCCUACUGCUUGCAACUUCAAAAAUAAUGCCAUUCAGGAGACAUAUUUGUUUAUUUGUCUGGGAUCUCUGAUUUUUGUCAGUUACAUGUAAUUUCUUUGCUUACUUUAAGUUCCAUAGCGAGUGAGGGCGAGUAAUUGGCAAAAUCACACAAAACGAAGUGAACUGCCGUGACACAGCCCUUUAAAAUCAUUUUCAAAAUGUCAUCUAAGUCGUGAGUGGUGUGUCCCCGUAGUUUUACUAAUCCGCACUAUGACUCAAUUUGUAGCUCAUGAAAUACCAGAACGAACGAGGAGGCCGCAUUGUGUUGCAAGAUAUCAAGGUAAGGGUGAAAAAAAUCGAAAUGAUCCUGGUAAUAUUACGUCAAGCCAAAGUUCAUGAUUAAUCGAAGUCAAUUAAAUUUGACACAAUCGGCAAUUUUGGAACGUGCCAGUGCUUUUCAACUGGGUGUAACAUUACAUGAGAGGAGGUCGGCUUUCUCUCGCUGUUACUGUGCAAAUUUAUAUGUAAACAAUUUUUGUAGAUCGUUCGUUUUUUUUUGGUUUUUCAGUGUCUAUCGGUAACUGUUACAAAUGUUUGUUCUCUGGGGAGCUUGAAGGGUCAGCGAACACCUUCUGAAUGCGAGAUGAAACGUACACGCACUCGCCUCAGACUGAGUGGGCUGUGACAGCCAAAUAAGAGCUUUAUCUAAGCCCCAUCAUUUUAAUUUUUGCGAUGAAAUUGUGUGACUGUUUCAUGUGUAAAAAUUCUGGGUGAUUCUCUUUUGCAUCCUCUUUGUUAUUAGUUUUAAGUUCGAGUUCCUUGCCGGGAGAAGAAAGUCAGGAAGAGCUUGGUAGUAAAUCUUGGCAAAACAACCCAAUAAGUAGCGUUUGGGGGGCAGGGGGGCAGGGGGUAGUACAGUGCUGUACAGGACAGACACUAUUGUCUGUCCCCGCAGAGAAUUUUAACGACAGGAUUAUGACUGUAGUUAGUGUCUUCUGAUUAUCAGUGGUGAAUGUGUUUCAUGUGUCGUAUAACCUUUUGUAGAAGCCAGAAAAGGAUAAAUGGGGAAGUGGACUGGAAGCGUGCCAGGCUGCUUUGGAUUUAGAGAAGCAUGUGAACCAAGCCUUGCUUGAUCUGCAUAAGAUUGCCGACUCUAAUGGUGAUCCCCAGGUGAGUUUUAUGCUACUCAAAGCUCUUCAAGUGAGGUUGUAUGUCUCGUGGUAAAAUGUUGUGAGGAAUUAAAUUGUUUGAUGGCCAUUGUGACAAAUUGUAUGCGGACACUACACAUACAUACAUACAUGUUUUUUAUUUGGAGUCUUAUACAAUAAACAGUAUAUCAACUAUUUCCAAAUAACUAAAAUUACUAACAACAAAAAUUUCUAACCAUAUAUGGCUAAUAAGGUUAUUAAUUAAUUAAGGGUUUCAAAUAGGCCAUUUCCGAGUUCCCGCAGGCCUCUGUUUCAAAACGAAGGUAGGUGCUCAGCCUUUGAUUUGGAAGUCAUUUUUCAUUGUCAUGCAAAUAAAAUGUUAUUUCUGACUAAUGAGCCCGCGAAGAAGGCAGAAAUAAAUAUUUUGACCGCACGAGAUACAACAGGGCGUGGGUACUAAGCCGGGUGCACCAUGGGUAGCCAUAUCGGGGGUAUAUAAGGCUGCGUGUAUCACGUGUACGUCAUCUAGGCUUACGAACCAACUUCUCUUUGGUUUUUCUUACAUUUUUGUUUUAUUUAAUUUUUAGGAGCAAGCUAUUCUCGAUUACAUUGUAAAGUCCCGUAUGAAGGGCUUUGAGCUUGAGCCUUGGUUCCUAUCCAGAUUUCCUGCCCGCAUUUUUUCCCUUCGGGAUUUUUUUGGGCAGGAUUUUCUGGCCUCCGUCUGACCGCAUUUAUUUCAGUUUGUAAGCGGUAGCUCAGCUGUGCUAGUUUUCAACUUUUUUCCGGUUUCUUAUUUCAUGUCCUUGUAUAGUUAUCACAGUUUUACACCUGCUCCUUUACUUGAUAUAUUUAGUUUGUAUGUAUGCUUAGGUCAGCUGUCCCGGAACCGCUCUUUAGGAGGCGACAUAAGUCUUGUUUGACGCAGUUAGAUUGCAGGCAAUGUUACAGACCUAUAGCCAGGGUUGUUAUCCAUUUGCUUACCCUCAAUGUCCCACCCUAGCCUUUUCUGGCAGCCUUACUGGUUAUUGGGCUACGUGCCUUGUUGGGUCACUUGGGUGCAUUAGUCAACAUAAUUCCCAGUUUCCCUGGCACUCAGCCUCUGUGUUCCUGAACUGUUCCCAGUCCCAGUUAUCCGUUGACCAGAGUUUUAUUUAGUACCCCCAGCCUAACUGACACUAAGCCUGCCCGCUUAUUUCGGGGAUUCAGGUCGAGAUCGACCAGUUAGUGUAGCAGUUCCUUCUUUUUGCUUAGCCUCUGUGCUCCUACCGUGUUCCCUGUGCCAGUUAUACGUUGUCAGAGUUUUAAUAAGUUUCCCCAGCCUAACUGGCGGCCUAACUUACACUAAGCCUGCGUGCUUAAUUGGGGGAUUCAGGUCAAGAGCGACCAUUUGUAGCACGAGUUUUUUCUUUUUGUGAAAUGCAGUUUUCGAGUGUUGUACAUUACCUAUUCAAUAGUAAUCACCUAUUAUUGUAUUUACAUAAGUACUUUUUAGGGUUGUUUCUCGCCAAGCGGUCCCAAAAUAUACUUAUCUGCCUUUACGUUUUGUCUGUUGAUGUUGUGUAGUGGAGUCAAAAUACUCAUUUUCACAAGAAAGGUUGUGCACCUAGCCUCAUUUUGAAAGUGAGGGUUUUUGGAACUCGGAAGUGCCUAUUGCUUUUGGCUGUAAUAAAGCUUAAUUUGCAUUUUUCCCAUUCUUAUUUGUAAGGGCUGCAUUCAAACUUUCAGCAUCUAUUUGUCUCAUUCUUAUUUCUAACCUGCGUACCAAGUGUUGCCGCGCGAGUUCGUCGAGAAAGUUGGGACGAGAGCAAAAAAAGGAAUGACAGGGUAGGGGGGAGGGAAAAGAAGGAAACGCUUCUCCCCUCACCCUUUAUAUCUUUUCUUUUUUUUCUCCCGCUCUAACUUUCGCACAAUAACUCGAUUGGAAAUGCUUGCUAAAUUUAAGCAAUCUAUUUGUGAGUUUCCCACGGUUUAUUGCUUGAUUAUCUCUUGGCGAUAUCGAGCUAAAAAAUAAGAGCUGUCCUUUCUCUGCUUUCGCGUGACUUCGCACUUUAUUCAGUUAACUCACCAUUAUCAUACUGCCCAUGAUGCACCUUGUUUAUCCCUCAAAAUUUUGCAUAAGCAUUGUUUUACUUUCUCUUGGAACGACUGUAAUCCUCAGGAGAAAUUGGAAGCAACGGUUAUGGUAAACAAGGUAUAUUAUGAGCAUUGACCACUCCAGAAAAUACCAUAACAUACCACAAAGCUCUUUGUUUGUCACCCCAAAUUUUUGCAAUAAGCAUUGUUUUCAGUUUCUCUUAGGGCCAUUUUAACUCCCAAGAGAAACUGAAGACAAUGCUUAUGCAAAAUUUUGGGGUGACAAACAAAGAGCAUUAUGGUAUGUUAUGGUAUUUCCUGGAGUGAUCAAUUGUGAAAAGGCCCUGUCCACACCAACGCGUUUUCAAAAGUAUGCAUUUUCCUUGUCAUCAAAAACUCAUCAAUCAAUUUGCGUUCACACUACGGGUAUUAAAUAGCUCAAUCCUAGUUCACCAGUCAAUAAGGUGGCAUAACUGUUUUUUCUUCACAGUUGCAAGACUUUUUGGAAUCAGAAUUCCUUGAAGAGCAGGUUAAAAGUAUCAAAGAGCUAUCAAACUUCGUCAACACCCUCACACGGCUUAGCAAGGAUAACUACGCUCUUGGUGAAUACCAGUUUGAUAAAGUAACUCUUAAAGGCGACAGUAAGGAAUAGACUUAACGCCUACUUUAAUUAGAAUUUUGUACUGGAAUAGGUCUUGAAUGUUUCUGGGACAUUGAGAAUUUCUAGGUUAGAAUAAUGCCAGAAUUUUAAGAAUUUUUCUGACAAAGCGGUAAAAUCUCGAACGUUCUGGAAUUAGUAAAAUCCGCGAUCGUCUAGCAUGUUCCUGAGAUAUUAAAACUAGGGUUAAGUUUUCCUCUUUUUUACAAUUUUUAUCUUUUUGUUAUUGUUUAACUACCUAUGAAAUAUUUUAUACUCUAGUUUUGAAUUUAGCCCAUGAUACUUCAUUCUUUUUGUGACAAAUUUAUUUUAAAACGAAAAGUAGUAUUAUUGUUAUCUUCCACAAGACAAUAUGGCCAUUAUACGAGGAAAAAUAAGACGCGUCUUACGUAAGACGCGAACUGGACCAUUUAUACCAGCAUGUCUUAUCUAAGUCUUCUGUAUGCUUAAACUUACUUUUAAAGUGUAAGUUUAUAAUACGAAGAUAGCAAUUUGAUUAGUAAAUAUAAAUUGUGAUAGGUCUACUUACACCAGCAGAUGUCACGCAUUUGUCCCGGAGGUCUGUUAUCGCCUUCUCCUUACAUAAUAACAAAAAAUCUUUCUCCUCCGCGAUGGAGCAAGUGUUUCUUUUUACCUUUAACGUCCAGCUCAUUGUAUUUGAGCGAAGAAAAAAAUUAAGCAGAAUAGACAAGGAAACGAAAACGCGUUGUAAUUUGUAAACAAUUUUUCCCCGCCAGUGGCCUGCUAGUCCACCGCGGGGCAAGCGAUAAUUUUCCCGUCAAAAAUUAACACAUGCGUACUAUGCGUUCGCGUCUUAUGUAAGACGCGAAGGUCAGUUAUACGAAGUUUUCCUCGUCUUAGCUAAGACGCGUCUUAUUUUUCCUCGUAUGAAUGGCCUUAUUAUUUAUUGAUUAGCAAGGGUGAAGUGAUUAUUUUGUGAUUGUUUUUAAUAUCCGGUAUAGUCGAAUCAGAUCAAAUGUAACUUUCCUGUUCACUUUUUGAACAAUAAAUGUCUCCGAAGCAAUCUGAGGCAUGAUAGACAUAAUGGACUUUUUUAUUUGUUCCUUGACUUGUGUGGAUCGCAUGGUGCAUGAAAGACAAGAACCAACUCUUUACCAGGCCGUUAAUUUAAAUAUAAAGCCCUGUGCAAACGAAGGCAACAUUGUUGAAUGUUACUUGUUGCGUCCAGUUUGCACACCCUGUUACAUGUUGUUGCGAGUUGGUAGGAGUUGUCGCAUCCCAGUCCGUUUGAACAGCACUGCCAAAACGGACGCAACAAUGCCGAUUAUUCAGGGUUCGUACUCGUUUGAGCUCUUCAAAUUCCGUGACUUUUUCCAUGACCUUUUUAAGUUUUCCCAGACCUUGGGUUUAGUGGUCACUUUUAAAAAUGUUCACAAUUUUCGUUGUUUGGGGGUAUUUUUUGACCUUAAACAGUUCAACAGACACAAACUCAGGCGUCCACCAAAAUGCGUGCCGUUUGCGCUCUUUCAUUACUCCUCUCUAUCUUAAUGCACCUAUCAAUGUAAAGCCGGUGAAAGGGGCGGGGGGGGGAGCAGGGCAUGGGGUGGGGAUUUGAUUGUCUUUGUUGGCCCUGGGGUAGGGCAUUUGACUGAUCUUGUUCUCCCAGGGGAGGGGACAUUUGAAUCUUUCUUCGCCCGACGUGAAGAUAUUUGACUGCCGACUCAGACGAAAAAGACUGAGACCGAACAUGUGUUUCCCGAUUCCACGCUUCAAGCAUGCGCCAUACGGUUUGAAAAGAUCAGGAAGUCAUGCAGGCAAAUGAGAACAAGCGAAGGCUGAAUGGAUUUCACUGUUUUGUCUUCAAAUUUUGUUUGUUUUAGCGUGUUUUUUAUCAGUUGAACCUCUUAAAAUACUGUGGUAUCAAAGUAAACGGAAGUAAAGAGAAACCAAGUCGAUUUUUGCAAGUACAAUUGAUUAGUGUAUGGCUCAUUCGCUACAAUCACUGUAAACUUAUAAAACUGACUUUCAUUGUACCCUUUACUAAGAACGGUAUAUUUAAACUUACAAAAUGUGGACUUUCUCUAAAGGUUUAUGUAUUCUACGCAGUGUAACACGGAUUAUGGUUAAAACAUAUAAUUGCAGCUGUAACCGGAACAUGUAUCUUUGGUGAUGCAGCAACGUUUAAAAAAGAUUGCAGAGUUUUAUUUGGAAAUAUUUUUAUCGUGCUUUUCUUGGAUUCUGCCUUGGGAUUGACAGCAAUGUGCAGCCUGGGGUAGGGAAAUUUGGUUGCAUUUGACUGGAAUGACUUGCCCGUGGGCAGGGAAUUUGAUUGUAAAUUUUUGCAAAAAGUCAAAUUCCCACCCCUUGCCAUGCCUACUCCCCCGCCGGCAUUACAUUGAUAGGUGCAUAAAUUGUCCCUGCUCUGUUAUCUGCAAUGUCUAAACUACCAAACGAAACUUUAAUUUUCCAUGACUUUCAAGGCACGAGCCUUUCAGGAGGGCAACUUAAAUACGGCGAUCAGUUUUUAUUCAAGACAGCGUGAUAUAUAAAUAAAUAUGCGCACUCAAAAAUGGCAGCCGCGCCUUUGAGAACCGAAAAUGAAAUUCCAUGACUUUCAAGGUUUUCCAUGACCUGUACGAACCCUGUAUUAUUAUAGGCCCAACAUUGUUGCAAGUAGCUUAAGGUCUACACACUUCGUGCGCAGUCGCCGGCUGUACCUUUCCCCUCCCCCUAGCUCUCGUGUUUUCACGAUCCAACUGUGCUCUCGAAACGGUUACUCUGUAGUGUAAAAUUUUUGCGGGAUAAAAUUUGCCCCCAGUACUUGAGUCUUAAAUCCAACCUUACCCGAUUUGUUUUUCAUUAAUAAACUUUCGAAAACGUUUCAUGAUACACCUACCAGGAACCGUACAAGAUAUUUUUAACUCAAUUAAGGGACUGUUUACAUCAGGAGGUGGGUGACCUUAGGUAGGUGAGGUAACCUGCUUUGUUGGGGUAACCCACCUGUCCAUACUCAAAUAUCUCGUUUUAAUUUUUUUACGUUUACAAGAUACGUGGGGUAGCUAUAUGAGAGAUUAUAUGGACAGGCGGAUGACCCCACCUAAGCGUGUUACCUCACCUACCUGGGGUCCCCACCUCCAUGCUAAGAGGCCCGAAGAGGGGAUAGUUUUUCGACCGAAGGACAGUUCAAACAGUAUGGGGCCUGUUGCCCGCAGAAACUUUACGUUGGACGUAACAGGUCAGCCUUGUUGUCUAGUUCACUCAUCUUCAUGGGUCAGGCCGCAUACAGGUCGUAAACUUCACGGAUUUCUAAACCAGAUGCAAAAGUUCGGGCAUACGCAGAAAGCAAAAUUUCGAGUUUUUGGGUUUACAAGUGACACAGCAGUCUUGACUUUUACUUUUCACUCUCUCUCUCCUCCCCUCUGUUUUCGCUUUUCUUGCCUCAUUUUUCUCUCUUGCUGAGCAUUUGGUAGGCUUCAUUUUGGUGGGAAAAGUUUGGAGGAAACAUUUUAGUAUCUUAGGAUUAAAUGAAAGGAAAGGUAGGUGGGUAAUGGAACAAGAUUUUCAUGGAAAUUUUCGGGUCACUGUUACAUGGUCUUUUGCUGUUUUAUCCAGUGUGCUUGACGGAAUUGUGCUCAUUCUGGUAUGGUUUGAAAGAUUUCUUCGCUCUGCACAAGUUAACGGACAAAGUUAUCCUUGAUUAGUAAAACUGAUGACGUCACAAGCGGUAGCAAGGACGCGGUUACGGGCGGGGGCGAAUGCCCCUUUAAUCAAAAAACCUAAAAGUCGCCUUUUGCCGAUUUUUUCACCUGAUUUUACAUUGAAUAGUCACAUUCGGUUGUUUUAUGCUGAAAAGUGGAUUUUUCUCAAAAAGCUUGGUACUUUGCUGAAUGAAAUUACAAAUGGUCACACAGAUUGUGUAAGCCCCUAGCCUCCCCGCAGACGUCCUUUGGGGUUCGUUUGUCACGCAUUCAUUUCUCUCUCUUCUCUUGCGUGACAAACGAACCCCAAAGGACGUCUGCGGGGAGGCUAGUAAGCCCCCUGCUCAGCUGUGGAUAUUUUGGGAGGUUAUGAGCAGGAGAUUGACAAUAACUUCCCUUUAAAUAAGUAGAUAGAUGUUGUCAGAUCAAAUAAUCACAAGGAAACCACCAGCAUCAUAUAAUGAGCAGCAUAUUCGUAAUGUUUUCUUUCUUUUUUUUAGGGGGCUGGGGUGAAAACAAGCUGCACUAUUCCUUUUUGGCCUCAAUACAUGAUACAAACAGAUAUCGUGCGAGUUAUCUUUUCCUCUUUACUUCGUCAUGCCAGGCUAUCAACUUUUCUAUAAGGAAUACCUGUUGAGCUUUAUAAUAUUUGGGAUGGUGAUGCAUAAAAAUCGAAAAAUAUGAGCCACACGUGCUAAGUCUUUAAAAUAAUAACACUGAUUCAGCGAUAUUUAAUCCUUCUUAAACAAACACCCAGUGUAUAUUUAAUUCUGAUUGUUUUAUAAUCCAUUUUGGAGUGUUUCGCUUUAACAUUGAUUGCGAGGCAGUUUCCUUGCAAAAUUUAAGUCUUAAAGCUGUUAAAGUGUAUUUUUCACCCCAAUUUCUACGUUUCAACUAAGAAAAAUGUCUCUGUGCCGUCAGAAUUAUCAUGAAGAGUGCGAAGCUGGCAUUAACAAGCAGAUCAACCUUGAGUUGUAUGCAAGCUACGUGUACUUGUCGAUGGUAGGUUCGCUUUCUUCCCGCCGUCAUUUUUCGAUACAGGUGGUCUAAAGUUUAUGUGUUUUUUCGCUCUAGGCCUAUCACUUCGAUCGUGAUGAUGUGGCCCUGCCAGGAUUUCAGAAAUUCAUGCUGAAACAAUCGGACGAGGAACGUGAACACGCUCGCAAGGUAACUUAAUCGCGAUGUUAAAUCAUUUUCAAAAUGUCAUCUAAGUCGUGUGGCCCCGUAGUUUAACUAAUCCGCACUAUCGCUCAAUUUGUAGCUGAUGAAAUACCAGAAUGAACGAGGAGGCCGCAUUGUGUUGCAAGAUAUCAAGGUAAGGGUGAAAAAAAUCGAAUUUGACACAAUCGGCAAUUUUGGAAAGUGCCAGAGCUUUUCAACUGGGUGUAACAUUACAUGAGAGGAGGUCGCCUUUCUCUCGCUGUUACUGUGCAAAUUCAUAUGUAAACAAUUUUUGUAGAUCGUUCGUUUUUUUGGUUUUUCUAUCGAUAACUGUUAGAAAUGUUUGUUCUCUGGGGAGCUUGAAGGGUCAGCGAACACCUUCUGAAUGCGAGAUGAAACGUACACGCACUCGCCUCAGACUGAGUGGGCUGUGACAGUACAAAUAAGAGCUUUAUCUAAGCCCCAUCAUUUUAAUUUUUGCGAUGAAAUUGUGUGACUGUUUCAUGUGUAAAAAUUCUGGGUGAUUCUCUUUUACAUCCUCUUUGUUAUUAGUUGUAAGUUCGAGUUCCUUGCCGGGAGAAGAAAGUCAGGAAGAGCUUGGUAGUAAAUCUUGGCAAAACAACCCAAUAAGUAGCGUUUGGGGGCAGGGGCAGGGGGCAGGGGCAGGGGCAGGGGGCAGGGGCAGAGGGUAGUACAGUGCUGUACAGGACAGACACUAUUGUCUAUCCCCGCAGAGAAUUUUAACAACAGGGUUAUGACUGUAGUUAGUGUCUUCUGAUUAUCAGUGGUGAAUGUGUUUCAUGUGUCGUAUUACCUUUUGUAGAAGCCAGAAAAGGAUAAAUGGGGAAGUGGACUGGAAGCGUGCCAGGCUGCUUUGGAUUUGGAGAAGCAUGUGAACCAAGCCUUGCUUGAUCUGCAUAAGAUUGCCGACUCUAAUGGUGAUCCCCAGGUGAGUUUUAUGCUACACAAAGCUCUUCAAGUGAGGUUGUAUUUCUCGUGGUAAAAUGUUGUGAGGAAUUAAAUUGUUUGAUGGCCAUUGGGACAAAUUGUAUGCGGACACUACACAUACAUACAUACAUGUUUUUUGUUUGGAGUCUUAUACAAUAAAUAGUAUAUCAACUAUUUCCAAAUAACUAAAAUUACUAACAACAAAAAUUUCUAACCAAAUAUGGCUAAUAUGGCUAGAGUAUUUACUUUUUACCGUCUUCCCCUUUCCUUUUUUCAAAGCAUUCGAUUACAUGUUUUGCUAUUAGUUUUUGUAUUUUAGCAUAUCCGCUAGUGGGGUUUAUUAGAAACAUAAAUAUUUUGUUAGGUGACAUUCUGCUUAUUUUUAUUCUAUAUUCUUUUUCCAAAUAAUCUAGUAACGAUCAUCUUUUUUCCUGUUAAGCAAGGCAUAUAUUUAGAAAAUGGUAUUCGUCCUCCACUUCUAUUUUAAAGAUUAGGCAAAUUCUUUCUUCAGGUUUCUUAAACGGUCUCGAAUAACGUCCCGUCUCUAUGGCUAAUUUGUGGUUGCUUAGUCGCACAUCUAUACCAUGAUUGGGGGUUACGGAAACUUCCUGCUGCAAGGGUUUCAAAUAGGCCAUUUCUGAGUUUCCCCGGGCCUCUGUUUCAAAACCAAGGUAGGUGCUCAGCCUUUGAUAUGGAAACCCUUCUCCCCUCCGCCUUUACAUCUUUUCUUUUUUUGCUCCCGCUCUAACUUUCGUGCAAUAACUUGCCAAAUUUAAGCAAUCUAUUUGUGAGUUUCCCACGGUUUAUUGUUUGAUUAUCUCUUGGCGAUAUCGAGCUAAAAAAUAAGCUCUCCUUUUUCUGCUUUCUCUUGACUUCGCACAAUAUUCAGUUAAUUCAUCAUUAUCACAUUGCCCAUAAUGCACCUUGUUUAUCCCUCAAAAUUUUGCAUAAGCGUUGUCCUUGGAAGACUGUAAUACCCAGGAGAAAUUGGAAGCAAUGGUUAUGGUAAACAAGGUAUAUUGAGGGCAUUGUGAAAAGGCCCUCUCUACACCAAUGCGUUUUCAAAAGUAUGCAUUUUCCUUGUCAUCAGAAACGCAUCAAUCAAUUCGCGUUCACACUAACGUUCUAAUGCGUUUUCGACUGUCCACACCAAAACGUUCCAGAAAGAUAGAAUUGUGCGUUAUGAUGUAAGUUGAACUCUAUGUGCAAACACGCGCCUGCGAUAUUUUCGGUCAUCUUUUUCAUCUUGAUGCGUUCUCUAUCGUCCACACCGUUAUGAUAUGUAUGUGUUUUCGUUUCGAUCCAUUUUCAAGAGCAUUUUCAGUUAGAUGCGUUUUCGAUGAAAACGCUCAGCGUGUGGACAGAAUGCCUAAACGCAUCGAAAUAUAUGGGUUGUCAUACGAAAGCACAUUAGUGUGGACGGGACUUAAGAGACUGCUCAUUCUGAAAUGGGCUAUUGCAUUUAAUAUCCGUACCCUCCCUCCCGGUUGAGGGCCAACCUUUUCUUCUUACCCCUGAAGAUUAAAUAAAAUUGUAUGUACCCUGAAGACUUCCAUAAAAUAUGAAUUUACCCCUGAAGAAUAUAGGUCUACUCCUGAACGAAUUCGUGUAAAUUAAAGCUCCACAAAGAAUUCCAUAUUUUUUUACUCUACUACUAGAAGAUCCUUAGUUUUUAUAACUUACCCCUGAAGAAUUCUAUGAUUCCUCAACCGGGAGGGGGAGAAUGGGGGUACGGGUAUUAAAUAGCUCAAUCCUACUUCACCAGUCAAUAAGGUGACAUAACUGUUUUUUCUUCACAGUUGCAAGGCUUUUUGGAAUCAGAAUUCCUUGAAGGGCAGGUUGAAAGUAUCAAAGAGCUAUCAAACUUCGUUAACACCCUCACACGGCUUAGCAAGGAUAACUACGCUCUUGGUGAAUACCAAUUUGAUAAAGUAACUCUUAAAGGCAACAGCACGGAAUAGUCUUAACGACUACUUGAAUUAGAAUUUUGUACUGGAGUGGGUCUUGAAUGUUUUUGGAACAUUGAGAAUUUCUAGGUUAGAAUAGUGCCAGAAUUUUAAAAAUUUUACUGACAAAGCGGUAAAAUCUCGAACGUUCCGGCAUUAGUAAAAUCCCCGAUCGUCUAGGAUUUUCCUGAGAUAUUAAAACUGGGCUUAAGUUUUCGUCUUUUUUACAAUUUUUAUCUUUUUGUUAUUGUUUAACUACUUUUGAAACAUUUUAUACUCUAGUUUUGAAUUUAGCUCAUGAUACUUCAUUCCUUUUGUGACAAAUUUAUUUUAAAACGAAAAGUAGUAUUAUUGUUAUUGUUAUCUUCCACAAGAUGGACCAAGUGUUUCUUUUUACCUUUAACGGCGAGCUCAUUGCAUUUGAGCGAAGAAAAAAAUAAAGCAAAAUAGACAAGAAAACGAAAACGCGUUGUAAUUUGUAAACAAUUUUUCCCCGCCAGUUGCCUGCCAGUCCACCGCGGGGCAAGCGAUAAUUUUCCCGCCAAAAAUUAACACAUGCGUACUAUGCGUUCGCGUCUUAUGUAAGACGCGAAGGUCAGUUAUACGAAGUUUUCCUCGUCUUAGCUAAGACGCGUCUUAUUUUUCCUCGUAUAAAUGGCCCUAUUAUUUAUUGAUUAGCAAGGGUGAAGUGAUUAGUUUGUGAUUGUUUUUAAUAUCCGUCAUAGUCAAAUCAGAUCAAAUGUAACUUUCCUGUUCUCUUUUUGAUCAAUAAAUGUCUCCGAAGCAAUCUGAGGCAUAACAGACAUAAUUGACUUUUUUAUUUGUUCCUUGACUUGUGUGGGUUGCAAGUUGCAUGAAAGCCAAGCACCAACUCUUUUCCAGGCCGUCAAUUUAAAUAUAAAGCCCUGUGCAAACGAAGGCAACAUUGUUGAAUGUUACAUGUUGCGUCCGUUUGCACACCCUGUUGCAUAUUGUUGCGAGUUGGUGGGAGUUGUCGCAUCCGUUUCAACACCACCACCAAAACGGGGAAACGGACGCAACAACGCCAAUUUAAGGACCGACAGUUAAAUUCCAUGACUUUCCAGGCCUUGAAAAUGAAAUUCUUAAAUUCUAUGACUUUCCAGGUUUUCCAUGAACUGUACGAACCCUGUUAUUAUAGGCCCAACAUUGCUGCAAGUAGCUUAAGGUCCACACAUGGCGAGCGCAGUCGCCGACUGUACCUUCCCCCUCCCCCUUAUAACUCUCGUGUUUUCACGCUCCAACUGUGCUCUCGAAACGGUUACUCUGUAGUGUGAAAUUUUUGCGGGAUAAAAUUUGCCCCCAGUACUUGAGUCUUAAAUACAAAACCUCACCCGAUUUGUUUUUCAUUAAUAGACGUCCGGAAAAGUUUCGUGAUACACCUACCAAGAACCGUACAAGAUAUUUUUAACUCAAUUAAGGGACUGUUUACAUUGAGGUGGGGGACCUUAGGUUGUGAGGUAGUUUAGGUAACCUGCUUUGCUGGGGUAACAAUAUCUCGUUUUAAUUUUUUUAAGUUUACAUGAUACGUCGGGUAGCUAUAUGAGAGCCGUAUAUGGACAGGCAGGUGACCCCACCUAAGCGGGUUACCUCACCUACCUGGGGUCCCCCACCUCCGUGCAAAGAGGCCCGAAGAGGGGAUAGUUUUCGACCGAAGGGGACAGUACAAACAGUAAGGGGGCUGUUGCCUGCUGAAACUUUACGUUGGACGUAACACUGGUAACAGGUCAGCCUUGUUGUCUAGUUCACUCAUCUCCACGUGUCAGGCCGCAUACAGGUCGUAAACUUCACGGCCUUCUAAACCAGAUGCAAAAUAUUAGCUUGCGAAGUUCGGGCAUACGCAGAAUGCAAAAUUUCGAGUUUUUGGGUUAAAAGUGACACAGCAGUCUUGACUUUUACUUUUCACUCUCUCUCCUCCCCUCUUUUUUCGCUUUUCUUGCCUCAUUUUUCUCUCUUGCUGGGCAUUUGGUAGGCUUCAUUUUGGUGGGAAAAGUUUGGAGGAAAAAUUUUAGUAUCUUAGGAUUAAAUGAAAGGAAAGGUAGGUCGGUAAUGGAACAAGAUUUUCAUGGAAAUUUUUGGGUCACUGUUACAUGGUUUUCUGCCGUUUUAUCCGGUGUCCUUGACGGAAUUGUGCUCAUUCUGGUAUGGUUUGAAAGAUUUCUUCACUCUGCACAAGCCAACGGACAAAGUUAUCCUUGACUAUUAAAACUGAUGACGUCACAAGCGGUAGCAAGGACGCGGUAACGGGCGGGGGCGAAUGCCCCGUUAAUCAAAAAACCUAAAAGUCGCCUUUUGCCGAUUUUUUGACCUGACUUUACAUUAAAUAGUCAGAUUCGGUUAUUUUAUGCUGAAAAGUGGAUUUUUCUCAAAAAGCUUGGUACUUUGCUUAAUGAAAUUAGAAACGGUUACACAGAUUGUGUAAGCCCUCUGCUCAGCUGUGGAUAUUUUGGGAGGUUAUGAGCGGGAGAUUGACAAUAACUUCCCUUUAAAUAAGUAGAUAGAUGUUGUCAGAUCAAAUAAUCACAAGGAAACCACCAGCAUCAUAUAAUAAGCAGUAUAUUCGUAAUGUUUUCUUUCUUUUUUUUAGGGCGGGGGGGCUGAUGUUAAAACAAGCUGCACUAUUCCUUUUUGACCUCAAUACAUGACACAAACAGAUAUCGUUCGAGUCAACUUUUCCUCUUUACUUCGUCAUGUCAGGCUAUCAACUUUUUUAUAAGGAACAAAGCUAUCCCUGAUUAUUACAUCUGAUGACGUCACAAGCGGUAGAAACGACGCGGAUCCGCACAGGCGGUUACGGGCGGCUCAGGGGCGAAUGUGUUUUAAUCACAAAACCUAAAAGUUGCCUUUUGCCGAUUUUUUCACCUGAUUUUACAUUGAAUAGUCAGAUUCGGUUGUUUUAUGCUGAAAAGUGGAUUUUUCUCAAAAAGCUUUGUACUUUGCUUAAAAUUAGAAACGGUUACACAGAUUGUGUAAGCUCCCUGGUGUGGACAUUUUGAGAAGUUAUGAGCGGGAGCAGGAGAUUGACGUUGUCAAAUCAAAUAAUCACAAGGAAACCACCAGCAUCAUAUAAUAAGCAGUUAUAAUAUGUUCGUAUUGUUUUCUUUCUUUUUUUUGAGGGGGGGGGGAUGUGUAUUCCUUUUUGGCCUCAAUACAGUACACAAACAGUCAUCUUCGUCAUACCAGGCUGUCAACUUUUUUUAUAAGGAAAGCCUGUUGAACUUUAUAAUAUUUGGGAUGGUGAUGCAUAAAAAUAAAAAAAUAUGAGCCACACGUGCUAAGUCUUUAAAAUCAUAUCACUGGUUCAGCGAUUUUGAAUCCUUCUUAAACAAAAACCCAGUGUAUUUGCUUAUUUUCAUGCCAUCACGUCCACUACAACGUUAUUUUUAGCAAAGAUUGCGUGAUCAUGUGAAUCAGCAUUUUUGUCCAAGUCACGUGUGAAUGACGACAUCACACAAUGUUAGCUGAACCAAUCAACGCCUGACAUUAGGAAAUCACGUGAAUCACGUGACUAUGCAAUUAAAACCUUCGAUUCUCUAAGGAACCGCCAUUUUGGAUUGUUUCGCUUCAACAGUGAUUGAACGAGGCAGUUUCCUUGCAAACUUUAAGUUUUAACGUGUCUUUUUCACCCCGAUUUCUACUGUUCAACUAAGAAAAAUGUCUCUGUGCCGUCAGAAUUAUCAUGAAGAUUGCGAAGCUGGCAUCAACAAGCAGAUCAACCUUGAGUUGUAUGCAAGCUACGUGUACCUUUCGAUGGUAGGUUCGCUUUCUUCCCUCUGUCAUUUUUCGAUUCAAGUGGUCUAAAGUUUAUGAGUUUUUCGCUCUAGGCCUAUCACUUCGAUCGUGAUGAUGUGGCCCUGCCAGGAUUUCACAAAUUCAUGCUGGAACAAUCGGACGAGGAACGUGAACACGCUCGCAAGGUAACUUAAUCGCGAUGUGAAAUCAUUUUCAAAAUGUCAUCUAAGUCGUGUGGCCCCGUAGUUUUACUAAUCCGCACUAUCACUUAAUUUGUAGCUGAUGAAGUAUCAGAACGAACGAGGAGGCCGCAUUGUGUUGCAAGAUGUUAAGGUGAGAGUGAAAAAAGAAAUCGAAAUGAUCUUUGUACUAUUACGUAAGCCAAAGUCUAUGAUAAUCGAAGUAAGCGUAAAUUUGACACAAUCGGGAAUUUUGGAACGUGCUAGAGCUUUUCCACUGGGUGUAACAUUACAUGAGAGAAGGUCGGCUUUCUGUCGCUUUUAUUGUACAAAUGCAUAUGCAAACGAUUUUUGUAGUUCGUUCCUUUUGUGGUUUUUCAGUGUGUUUCCCUGCUAUUUUGAGGAGGGAGUUUAGUAUAGGACCAGCGUGUUGAGCCCUAAGAUUUUUGGGUGGGCCCAUUGUUACUGUUUUCACAAAUGUUUGUAUUUUUAACAAGUGGACGUGUCUAUCGGUAACUGUGAGAACUGUUUGUGCUGUGGGGAGCGUGAAGGAUCAGCGAACACCUUCUGAAUACGAGAUGAAACGUACACGCACUCGCCUCUAGGCUGUGACAUUACAAUAGGAGCUAUAUUAAGCCGCAUCAUAUUAAAUUGUGCGAUAAAAUAGUGUAACUCUUGUGUGAAAAUUGUGAGUGAUUUUCUAUUGCAUCCUUUACGAUAUUAGUUGUAAGUUUGACUUGAAGUAAGGUGAGGAAAGUGUGGUAGUAAAUCUUGACAAAACAACCCAAUAAGUAGCCUUUGUGGGGCAAGGGGGCAAUACAGUGCUGUACAGGAAAUAUGUCGGGACAUCAUUAUCUGUCCCUGCAGAGAAUUUUAACAACAGGAUUAUGACUGUAGUAAGUGUCCUCUGAUUAUCAAUGAUGAAUGUGAUUCAUGUGUUUUAUGUACCUUUUGUAGAAGCCAGACAAGCAGAAUUGGGGAAGUGGACUGGAAGCAUGCCAGGCUGCUUUGGAUUUGGAGAAGCAUGUGAACCAAGCCUUGCUUGAUCUGCAUAAGAUUGCUGACUCCAAUGGUGAUCCCCAGGUGAGUUUUAUUCUACUCAAAGCUUUUCAAGGGAGGUUGUGUGUCUCAUGGUAAAAUGUUGUGAGGAAUUAAAUUGUUUGAUGGCCAUUGUGACAAAUUGUAUGCUGACAUUACACAUCUUCACCAUGAUUGGGGGGGCACUUAGAGAAACUUCCUGCUGCAACGGCUGCAAAGUGCAUUGUGCUGUACUAGAGCUGAAUUUGCAUUACUGCUAUUCUUAUUUCGAAAGGCUGGGUUCAAACUUUCAGCAUCUUUCUGUGUCACUGUCAUUCCUUACAGGAAUGUAAUUAAUGUAACUUUAUGUAUUCUCAACUCCAUUGCUUGCUAAAACACACAUUUAAAAGAAUUAGUUAUUUUCAUUGGUUGGGAAGUCAAUUUGUUCUCAAACUCCUGUGGAGAGUGGGUGGUUUGGCAAAAUUAAUGAAAGGAAUCUUGGACGCAUUUCUUCAUUGUAGAUGGGAGAUAUGAUUGAAGACCUCUUGAGUGAGCAGGUUGAAUCCAUCAAGCAGUUUUCAGAGUUUGUGACAGAACUAAAACGUGUUGGGCCUGGACUCGGAGAACAUAUGUUUGACAAAACCACUUUACAUUAGUCAAGAUUAUCUUAGCAAUGACUAUUGUUUUUUGCAUUUUACCAAGAUAUUUAACUUCUGGGUUUUUUUUAAAAAUAAUUCUGUUUCAAUAUUUAAGGUUGACUAAAACUUUAUUUUUCACUAUUUAUGAAUAAACAUUCUGGGGGUAAAUAAUUGUUUGUGAGAAACUGCAUCAUACGCAGACAAUCCAAAAAGUUCUUGUUUGUGAAUUUAAGUCUUAAUUUUCACCAGUAUCAAAAUGACUGAAAGACUAGCAUUCUAUAUUGUAACACUCAUGUAAUGACUUGCCUUGUGCUUGUUUUGUUGAAUGCUUUAAAUAAACUGGAUGUGACAUGACUUGCGAGGCUGGGUUUGUUUUGCACAUUCUCAUAUUUCUCGAUCUUUGCCACAAGCUUUAUUUUUCUGCCGAUAUACUGGAGUUGGUGGAAAGUGUGUGGGGGUGGGGGCUAGCCAUAAAUAUUGUGUGUUGAAUGGAAGAAUACCUUCAGAAAAUGGUAGGAAAGUUAGGUAAACCAUAAAUGAAAUACAGAUGAAUAGGCCACUUGCACUAAGAGGUCACGUGACCAAUGCUUCCUUUAAACAAUGUGUUGAAGUCUUGCUGAUGCCAAAAGUAAUAUUGACAGAGCACAAAAAAAUUAUUUUACACCCGAAAUUUGAGAGAUAUUGGGAGAUAUUUAAUGGCACUUUGAUUUUUCAACUAAGUAGUAUGAUUUGUAUUGGCAACCAUGUUGGAGGGCAUACUCUUGCCCUCCAACAUAGUGGCCAAAACUACUUUUUGCUUAUUUCUUGUUAAACGUUCGAUAGUUAUGCUCAGAUGUGUUUUAAACGUUACCAUAUCAUCUUUUCAACACUUACCUUGAAGUUUAAGUGCAAAAUUUGUGUUCAGAGAGAGGUAAUUCAUAAUUUUAAAAAUCACAUUUUGGUCACGUGACCAGCUAAAAACUUACUCAUUUUAAGAAAAUGGUGCAGGUUUGAAAAACCAAAUCACUAUUAUUUUGUUAAAGAUAUGACCCACUAAUCAUUUUUUGAAGGCAAAAUCGUAUAACUUUCAUAAACGAUUUCACAUGGCCUAUUAGGAUGAAGGAGAUAAACAUGGAUUACAAAUGACAGACUUGAAAAAUUAGGCUUGUAUUGAAAGAUGUAGAAGCGGUGACAAUGUAUCUUCAAAGAAUACUGCAUGUGUAAUUCUCCUUGUUGAUGUUUUGUCAUGUAGGCAUAUUAUGCUAAUGUCAUUGUAGCUGCUUUCUAUGGAUUUCCUUUGCUGCCUAGUAAUGCUUGCUGUGUCUUUGAUGCUCCUGAAAUGUUAUCAACAGGGCUCGAAAAAAUCCCAUCUGUUAGUCUGUAACAAGUAGAUUUUUGUGCUGGGCAAGUUACUUUAAAGCUUGCAUGCACAAUGGUAAAUUGUCUAGGCCAGUCAUCCUCUAACAAAAUCAUUAGCUAAUAUUUGUCAAGUGGCCCUGGUCAAACAAAAUGUGAGAACUACUUGAUUAAAGGACAAGAUGGGCUUCAAAAUUUUUUUUUCUAGCCCUGACUAAGUACCUGCUGUGAUAUAGCAGACUCAAAAAUGGCAAUGUAACAUACCACAUGUCUACGUACAUCCAUUAGCGUCCCUAUGCUUGAGUCCUACCACAUACAUAACACUUGUCUUCUAUCUUUCUGUCUUCAACGGUCCUCUCUCUUAUUUUUCGGGCAGAUGAUGGACUUCAUUGAAGGGAACUUCCUUGAGGAGCAGGUGGAGUCCAUCAAACAGUUCUCUGAUUAUGUCACCAACCUGAAGCGUGUUGGUCCUGGACUGGGUGAAUACCAGUUUGACAAGCUGACUCUGAAGGACUCCUAGAGAGACAUCGAGUCCUUGUGUGUCCUCUUCAACCUGAUGGGCCUUAGAUUAUUUUACCAACUCAGGAUGAUUUUCUUUUUUGUUUUUCACUCAGUUUGAUUUUUCUUUUUCGUUUGGUCUUCAGACAAGACAAAAUUGUUAUCCAGUAGUAUGACUUAAACCGGAUUUUGACUGUAGAUAUUGCCCAUUUUCUGUUUGUAAAAGGUUGAACAUUAAAGGACAAUAAUAUUUCAUGGAAACACUGUGUUGUUUUUUGGUUGAAACCCUCCAGUACCUUUUUAUGAGCAACUCCCUUUUUAACUCCCUUGGUAAUCUGCACCUCAAAAGUUUUAUAGGAGCCUGUGGGUCUACGUAUCUCGAUUCAAUCAGAACAACAAAAAGUUGUGAAUAUUUUUUGCCAGGAUCUUAGUGGGUCUCGGAAAUCAAGUGUUUAUUUGAUUCUGCAUACUGAAAAACGGAAUGUUUCCCCAAACAGUCACAGGUUUGCUCAGGACUGGAGAGAAGAUGGGGUGACUUUCAGGUUGAAAUUAAAGCUCCCUCCACUUUGCCCUUUUCCAAGUUCCAUUUAAUUCAUUCUCCCCUUUCUUCCAAGGGAACGAAGCAGUAGACUCGUGUUGAGAAAUGAAAGGCUAGUUCCAAAAGGGACUGUGUCUUGAAUGCGUAAGAUAUAGUGCAAGUCGAGAGUUGUCAACUAACGUAAAUUUCCAGGAAGUUUUAUCUCCUCCAUCCUUGUGAUGUUUGUCUCAGUAUAUACAGUCUGCACCUCUUCUAAACCUUCACUUUCGUUUGGUCUUCUUUUUCCUCGUUCCCAGGCGCUCGCGAUCGCUUAUUUGGGGAUACUUUACAUCAAGGGUAAGCGAGGGUGAAGGGAAUAGCCCACCUUCGGUAGAUUAAAAUUCUAACAAGACUCCAAGGCUUUCUGGUCAUUUUUCUAUAUUUGGUUUGGUUUUCUUCGUGCUCAAGU